AUAACCUACACGGACUACUCACUGACUGAUCCAAGGGGCAACCUAUAUUUAAAGAUAGGUCUCAAGGGGCAACCAGUCCUCCUUACUGUUCUGCUCCAACAAGAGCAAUUACAUGAGAUCUGCAAGCUGAAGCAUUGACAAAAAGGGCUAAAGCCCACUGGAGCUGAAGAAGCCUUAGGGGCUGCACCGUGCCCAGGCAGAGACUGGAGACCAGGGAUGGCUGCUGGUGUCCUGUGAGGAUGGAACCUGGACAGUUCCUGGUUUGCUUGAUACUUGUUAUCACUGCAGGAUUCCACCCAGCAGGGGCUGCUCAGAGAGGAAACAGCAAUGGAGAGGUAUUACCAGAGUCUUUGCCUUCUGCCCCUGGAACCCUUCCAUAUUUCCAAAUGGAGCCAGAAGACGCUUACAUCAUCAAGAGCAACCCCAUCAGUCUCCGCUGUAGGGCCAUCCCAGCAAUGCAGAUAUUCUUCAAAUGCAACGGGGAAUGGGUGCAUCAGAAUGAGCAUGUGUCCGAGGAGAGUGUGGAUGAAGGAUCAGGUGUGACGAUUCGUGAGGUCUAUAUCAAUGUGACCAGGCAGCAAGUGGAGGAUUUCCAUGGCUCAGAAGACUACUGGUGCCAGUGUGUGGCAUGGAGCAAUCUGGGUACUUCCAAAAGCCGGAGAGCGUUUGUGAGGAUUGCCUAUUUAAGAAAAAACUUUGAGCAAGAACCCCAAGGUAAAGAGGUCCCUAUAGAAGGAAUGAUUGUUCUGCACUGCCGUCCUCCAGAGGGGGUUCCCACCGCAGAGGUGGAGUGGUUUAAGAAUGAAGAGCCCAUUGACUCCAUUCUAGAUGACAAUAUCGACACAAGGGCCGAUCACAAUCUAAUAAUUCAUAAGGCACGUCUUUCUGACUCCGGUAACUAUACCUGCAUGGCAUCCAAUAUUGUUGCAAAGAGGAGGAGCGCAUCGGCCACAGUCGUGGUUUUUGUGAAUGGAGCCUGGUCUUCAUGGACCGAGUGGUCAUCCUGUAAUGUGCGUUGUGGUCGAGGAUGGCAAAAACGUUCCAGGACCUGCACUAAUCCAGCACCUCUUAAUGGUGGAUCCUUCUGUGAUGGAAUGUCCAUGCAGAAGACCACCUGUACUUCACUGUGCCCAGUGGAUGGUAACUGGGAGGUGUGGAGUGAAUGGUCCGUAUGCAGCCCUGAAUGUGAGCACCAGAGAGGCCGGGAAUGCACGGCACCUUCACCAAGGAAUGGAGGAAAGUCCUGCGAAGGUCUAAGCCAAGAGUCAGAAAACUGCACUGAAGGACUGUGCAUUCAAGAGAAAAAACCUCUUCAUGAAAUAAAAUCACAAAGUGCCGACACAGCCAGUGACAUUGCCCUGUACUCUGGUCUUGGAGCAGCCAUUAUUGCUGUAGCUGUGCUGGCGGUGGGAGUUACCUUGUACAGAAGAAGUCAGAGUGAAUACGGCGUGGAUGUUAUCGAUUCGUCUGCCCUGACAGGAGGCUUUCAGACCUUCAAUUUCAAAACUGUCCGUCAAGGUAACUCUCUUCUCCUGAACUCAUCACUUCAACCUGAUUUAACAGUGAGCAGAACCUACAGUGGUCCGAUCUGUUUCCAAGACCCAAUGGACAAGGAGCUCAUGACAGAGUCCUCUAUCUUUAACCCGUUAACAGACAUUAAAGUCAAAGUGCAAAGUUCCUUCAUGGUGUCUCUAGGAGUGACAGAGAGACCUGAUUUCCAUGGAAAGACUCUCUCUGGAACAUUUCCUCAUGGGAAUAACCGGUGCUUUGGAACUCUCCAUGGCAGGAAUAAAACACCUUACAUACAGAACCUUUCAUCUAUUUCAUCCAAGCCAGAAAUGAGAGUCUGUGGGCUUUUUGGCCAUCAAGGAGGUCGUCUAGUGAUGCCGAAUACAGGGGUGAGUCUGUUGAUCCCACAUGAGGCGAUUGCAGAAGACAACUCCUGGGAAAUCUAUCUGUCAGUCAAUCAAGGGGAACCAAGUUUGCAGCUUGAAGGAGCCGAAGUUCUCCUGGGACCUGAAGUAACAUGUGGUCCUAAUGAUGUGACCUUGUCAACUCCUGUGGCCUUAACAAUCCCUCACUGCGCCGAGGUCAGCUGUGAACACUGGCAUAUCCGGCUGAAGAGAAGAUCUCAACAGGGCAAAUGGGAGGAAGUGAUGUCUACUGAUGAUGAAACCACAUCAUAUUAUUGCCUUUUGGACCCAUUUGCUUGCCAUAUCUUGAUAGACAGCUUCGGGACAUAUGCUUUGGUUGGGGAACCUCUCACUGACUGUGCCGUGAAGGAGCUCAAGGUGGCCGUGUUUGGCUGCAUGUCCUGUAACUCUCUGGACUAUAAUCUGAGGGUCUACUGCAUAGACAAUACCCCGUGUGCGUUCCAGGAAGUGCUUUCUGAUGAGAGACAUCAAGGUGGACAGCUUCUGGAGGAACCAAAGUUGCUUCAUUUCAAGGGGAAUACGUUUAGCAUCCAGAUAUCUGUUCUUGACAUCCCUCCCUUCCUCUGGAGGAUCAAACCGUUUACUGCAUGUCAGGAGGUCCCCUUCUCCCGUGUCUGGUGCAGCAACCAGCAGCCACUGCACUGUGCCUUCUCCCUGGAGCGAUACACCCCAGCCACCACCCAGCUGUCCUGCAAGAUCUGUGUCCGACAGGUCAAAGGGCAUGAACUAAUUCUUCAGGUCCAAACGUCAAUUCUGGAGAAUGAGCGUGAAACCAUAGCUUUCUUGGCACCAGAAGACGAUAAUUACUUGGCACAUCCUGGUCCUAAAGCCUUUAAAAUUCCACACUCUAUCAGGCAAAGGAUAUGUGCAACAUUUGACACACCAAACUCCAAAGGAAAAGACUGGCAGCUGUUAGCACAGAAACUCUCUAUAAGCAGGAACUUGAGCUACUUUGCUACUAAGAGCAGCCCAUCUGCCGUCAUUCUGGAUCUGUGGGAAGCACGACAUCCAUAUGAUGGGAACCUGGAUUCUCUGGCAUGUGCGCUGGAGGAAAUAGGAAGGACACAAAGCAAACUCUCACUGGUAACAGAGACUCAUACAGAAGACCCAGACUUCAGCUACAGUAGACAGAAUGGCCUUUGAAUAAAUGACUAUUCCUGGCUUCCUGGGGCCAGUGUCUAAAAUAUGGAUUCCAGCCUCUUUUGAGAUGGAAGUUACAGGGAAGAAACGAGCUGUAUGUUUCUUCCUCACUCCAGACAAUGCAAAAUGCUUUAUAGAGUACAAAGAUAUGGCUUGUGAAGAUGUGCUGCUUCUCUGUGAAUCAAGAAUGAAACAUUUCUGAACAAAACCUUGUUUGUGCUGAAAGAUUUGGAGAAAAAAAAGCCAUCCACCAGCGGAGUGUUCGGAUCGCUAAAUGAAAA